GCGGCCUCGAGAGUGGUAGUGGUUCCUGCUCUGCUCUGUUAGUUCCCUCCGCCCCCUCCCGUCGGGCGCUGUUGUGUGGUUGCCUUGAAAAUAUCAACUUUAUUGUUCCUCAGCCCCACCUCCCGGGCGGCGCGCGUCCUCAGGAUGCACUGAGGCAGAGGGGAGGGAGGUGGCGGCGGGUCGCGGUCGCGGUCCCUCUCCUCCGAGCGCCCGGCCGGAGGGGAGGGAGUCACGAUGUCUGGGAGCCGCCAGGCCGGGUCGGGCUCCGCCGGGACCAGCCCUGGCUCCUCCGCGGCCUCGUCGGUGACUUCCGCCUCCUCGUCCUUAUCCUCUUCCCCGUCGCCCCCUUCCGUGGCGGCUUCAGCGGCAGCGCUGGGGUCCGGCGGGGCGGCCCAGGCCGCGGGCUCGGGCGGCCUCGGGGCCCCGGUGCGGCCUGUGCUGGUGGCGGCCGCCGUGUCUGGCAGCGGCGGCGGGAGCGGCGGCGGGGCGGUGUCCGCGGGCCUGUCCCGGCUCAGCUGCGCGGCCAGGCCCAGCGCCGGCGUAGGAGGGAGCAGCUCCAGCCUAGGCAGCGGCAGCAGGAAGCGACCUCUGCUCGCCCCGCUGUGCAACGGGCUCAUCAACUCCUACGAGGACAAAAGCAACGACUUCGUCUGCCCUAUCUGCUUUGAUAUGAUUGAGGAAGCAUACAUGACGAAGUGUGGCCAUAGCUUUUGCUACAAGUGUAUUCAUCAGAGUUUGGAGGAUAAUAAUAGAUGUCCCAAGUGUAACUAUGUUGUGGAUAAUAUUGACCAUCUGUAUCCUAAUUUCUUGGUGAAUGAACUCAUUCUCAAACAGAAGCAAAGGUUUGAGGAAAAGAGAUUCAAAUUGGACCACUCAGUGAGUAGCACCAAUGGCCACAGGUGGCAAGUAUUUCAGGAUUUGUUGGGAACCGACCAAGAUAACCUUGAUUUGGCGAACGUCAACCUUAUGUUGGAGUUACUAGUGCAGAAGAAGAAACAACUGGAAGCAGAAUCACAUGCAGCCCAACUACAGAUCCUUAUGGAAUUCCUCAAGGUUGCAAGAAGAAAUAAGAGAGAGCAACUGGAGCAGAUCCAGAAGGAAUUAAGUGUUUUGGAAGAGGAUAUCAAAAGAGUAGAAGAAAUGAGUGGCCUGUACUCUCCUGUCAGUGAGGACAGCACGGUGCCUCAGUUUGAAGCUCCUUCUCCAUCACACAGUAGUAUUAUUGAUUCCACAGAAUACAGCCAACCUCCAGGUUUCAGUGGCAGUUCUCAGACAAAGAAACAGCCCUGGUAUAACAGCACAUUAGCAUCAAGACGAAAACGACUCACUGCUCAUUUUGAGGACUUAGAGCAAUGUUACUUUUCUACAAGGAUGUCUCGUAUCUCAGAUGACAGUCGAACUGCAAGCCAGUUGGAUGAAUUUCAGGAAUGCUUAUCCAAGUUCACUCGCUAUAAUUCAGUACGACCUUUGGCUACAUUGUCAUAUGCUAGUGAUCUCUAUAAUGGCUCCAGCAUAGUUUCCAGUAUUGAAUUUGACCGGGAUUGUGACUAUUUUGCAAUUGCUGGGGUUACAAAGAAGAUUAAAGUCUAUGAAUAUGACACAGUCAUUCAGGAUGCGGUGGAUAUUCAUUACCCUGAAAAUGAAAUGACCUGCAAUUCCAAAAUCAGCUGUAUCAGUUGGAGUAGUUACCAUAAGAACCUGUUAGCCAGCAGUGAUUAUGAAGGCACGGUCAUUCUGUGGGAUGGAUUCACAGGACAGAGGUCAAAGGUCUAUCAGGAGCAUGAGAAGAGGUGUUGGAGUGUUGACUUUAAUUUAAUGGAUCCUAAACUCUUGGCUUCGGGUUCUGAUGAUGCAAAAGUGAAGCUAUGGUCUACCAACCUAGACAACUCAGUGGCGAGCAUUGAGGCGAAGGCUAACGUGUGCUGUGUUAAAUUCAGCCCCUCUUCCAGAUACCAUUUGGCUUUCGGCUGUGCAGAUCACUGUGUUCACUACUAUGAUCUUCGUAACACUAAACAGCCAAUCAUGGUAUUCAAAGGACACCGAAAAGCAGUCUCUUACGCAAAGUUUGUGAGUGGUGAGGAAAUUGUCUCUGCCUCAACAGACAGCCAGCUAAAGCUGUGGAACGUAGGGAAGCCAUACUGUCUACGUUCCUUCAAGGGUCACAUCAAUGAAAAAAACUUCGUAGGCCUCGCUUCCAAUGGGGAUUAUAUAGCUUGUGGAAGCGAGAACAACUCUCUUUACCUGUACUAUAAAGGACUUUCUAAGACUUUGCUAACUUUUAAGUUUGAUACGGUCAAAAGUGUUCUGGACAAAGACCGAAAAGAAGAUGAUACAAAUGAAUUUGUUAGUGCUGUGUGCUGGAGGGCACUGCCAGAUGGGGAGUCCAAUGUGCUGAUUGCUGCUAACAGUCAGGGUACAAUUAAGGUGCUGGAGUUGGUAUGAAAGGUUUACUCAAGUUAAUUUGUGUUUGCUCCUGCUGAAAUCCAUCUGCAGCUGACAAAAGAGAAGACAGAGACUGUCGUGUGAUGUCUCUCCCCAAAGUCACCAUGGGUUUUGGAUUUGUUCUGAGUAUUUUUUCUUUUCCUUUUUUUUUCUCCUUUAUGACCUUUGGGACAUUGGGAAUACCCAGUGAACUCUCCACCAUCAAUGUAACUCUACGGACUUUGCUGCUGUUGGUGGUAUGGUUAUCGAAUUUUUGUGAUAGGGAAACAAAUUCUUUUGAAUAAAAAUAAAUAACAAAAAAUAAAAGUUUAUUGAGCCACA